AUGAAGCCUGCUGAGAAGCUGGGACUUCUUCUAGGGUUCUUCAUCUUGUGCUCAUUGAUUACCCCAUUACUGGGUGGUGUUGCUAGACUUACUGAGAUGAUAUGCGCAGAACUCAAAGAUCCCUGUAAGAUGGACAUGGAACCUGGCAGCUGCUAUGAAAUUCAGUUUAGAUACUUCUACAACACAACUUCCAAACUAUGUCAAAGUUUUUUCUACACUGGCUGUAAUGGCAACAUGAACAACUUCGUGCUCAAAAUAGAUUGUCAAGUAGCCUGUGAAGAAGCAUACAAAAUAAAGUAA